AUGGAAACAGAAGACGCUCUCGAAGACAUUUACGAUGAAGUGUACCGUAACAACAAACAUGAUGAUGCAGAAAAUAACGAUUGCAUAGAUUGUGGAACAAUUGUUUACAAUAGCAAAACGCGUAUACUACGUUAUAUUUGUUUAUAUUGUAAUAACAAUUAUGAAAAUAUAUAUAAUUUUUGUCAACAUUUAAGUGAACACAUUGAUGAUGAUACAAAUAUCACUGCAGAUGAGCAAGAACUUGUCGAAUACACCGAAUAUGAUGAAAUCGCUGGCGAUGUGUCAAAAGAUGAUGUGGAAUUGGAAUCAAAUAGAAUCUUAUCCAGAGAAGAUACGGAUUUAUGUGAUUUGGAGGAGGAUUUGGAAAAUGCCAACACUACAUGUUCUUCCAAUGAAUCUGUAUGCGAAGACUUAAUGGAAAAUGAAGAGCAAGUGGAAGAAACCUCCAAUGAUUUAAAUUUAAUUCAACAAUCCAAUACAUGUUAUGCUUCCAAGCAGCAGCAUGACAAUGAAAAAUCAAAAAACAAAACAUUUGAAGAGUGUUUCCUGCAGGAGAUUAAUAUUGAAAAAAUGCGUACCGAAGGAAUUGUGGAUGAAAAUGAACCGCCAGUAACACCAGCAAAGACAUUUCUGGCCAACAAAAAUCCUAAAAAGAAAAAAGUCACUACGGUUAAAGUUAUUGCUGUAAAAAAUCGCAUUGCCGAAAUAUACGAACGCAUAAAAACCGAGCAAACAAAAUCACAACAAGUAUUGCCUUCCAAUGGUUAUUUGAAUAGAAGUCGUCAUUCAUCCGAAUCUGUGGAACAAGAUGAAAAUCUCGGCAACGGUGAUGGGCUUGGAAAGAAGGCCAGCAAAAAGAUAAUUGGUGAAACUCUUAUUACCCUAAUACCAGAGGGCACUAAAAUACCCAACACCUUGCCAUCGACUGAAGACAGAUUAACGAAAAAUAUGACUGUGACAUCUUUAAGGAAGGAUAGCAAGGAUAACAGCAAUAGUGAUGACCAUCCAAGUACAUCAGCAACGAAUGAUACAAAAUCUGUUUGUCCAGCAUGUGGAAAGGUAUUUCGCAGCCAUUUCAGUUUAACAAUACACAAACGUACUCAUUAUCUAGAAUCGGAUAGUUCCGUUAAACUGGCUCUGGCCUGUCCAGAUUGUAAUCAGCUCUUUAACAAAUACGGCCAGUUAAAACAACACAUUGAAUCGGUCCACUACCCGGACGGAUUUGUGUGUAAGAUAUGUAAUCGCCGCUUAAGUAGUCUCAGCCUUUUGGAACGUCACAUGAUAAAAGUACACUUGGAUCGGCCGUUUAAUUGUCAACAAUGUGGUAAGAAUUUUUCGAAUGCCGUAACCUAUGAGGAGCACGUCAUAUCUCACAAUUCCCACAAGGUGCACAAAUGUCAUAUUUGUGGUCGUAAAUAUUCAACGGAAUUCUUUUUAAUGGAACAUAUGCGUAAUCACAAGGAACAAGUGCCGCAAACGUGUGUCGUCUGUGGCAAGGUUACGCUGCGCAUUACCCAACACAUGAAAACCCAUACGCCACGUCCCAAACGACUACUUUCCUGUUCCGUUUGUGGUAAGGUGUUCAAUUUCAGUUCGGGACUAAGUCAUCAUUUUAAAAUAAUGCACAAGUUGCCAAGACCACCACCCAAACCGAGAAAAGAUCAGUCUACGGAGGCGACAACAUCACAUCAUCAUUUGAUAGAUGAUGAUCAUCAUCACCCAACAAUCAAUUGCGGCCAUUCCACUUUUGAUCCCAAUGAAGUUAAUCACAAAGAGGAAGAGGCAAAACGGGUCAUUGUCGAAUUAAUACAAAAUUCAUCGUCUUCGUAUCCAUCAUUUUUCCCAGAUAAUUUAUCGAGUGUUUUGGAGGUAACACCGCCGAUAGCGGCCCGUGAGGAAACUAUAUCGGCUGUUAAUAGUAUAGUGCAUGAUUGUUAG